CACUUCACCAUUCAAGAUGGCUUCUUUGUUUGUGUGUUGUCAGACGAGACUUCGACUUCGUUAUAAGGAAAAUUAAGCAAAAUAUACGUUUACGAAACAUAAAUUAAUAGAUACUUAUCAACGAUUGUUCUCUAUAAUUAAAACAAGAUGAGUGACGUACUGGACAUUCUGGACGUAGAUCGUCCCCAGACUCCCGAGGCAUUGAGUAAAGAUGCCAUAUUAGGAAAUGAAAGGAGGGUGAGACUUGCAAAUAGGAAAAAGAAAAUGGUCGACAUGACCUUCAAACGUCCCGAAGGAAUGCAUCGAGAAUUGUAUGCAUUACUCUAUUCAGAUAACAGCAGAGAUGCGCCGCCAAUAUUGCCGUCCGACACGGGGCAAGGAUAUAAACAGAUCAAAGCCAAACUGGGUCUGAAAACCGUCAGAUCAUGGAGAUGGAUGCAGUUUUCAAAUCCUGCUCGAAAGGAUGGUGUUUUGUUUUACCAUUGGAGAAGAGUUGCAGACGAAGGAAAAGAUUAUCCUUUUGCAAGAUUUAAUAAGAAUGUGCAAGUGCCGUCGUAUUCUGAUUCGGAUUACCAACAGCAUUUACAUUGUGACGGCUGGACCCGCCAAGAAACAGAUCAUUUGUUUGACCUGUGCAGAAGAUUUGACUUAAGAUUUAUUGUCAUUCAUGAUCGAUGGGAUCGCUCGCGCUUUUCAGAAAGGAGCGUAGAGGAUCUGAAAGAAAGAUAUUAUAACAUUGGAAAUAUCCUAGCUAAGGUUCGAGCUACUGCGGGACAAGAACCUAAGAUUCGAGUGUUUGAUGCCGAUCAUGAAAGAAGACGGAAAGAACAGUUGAGAAAAUUACAUGAUAGAACUCCAGAACAGAUGGAAGAAGAGCAAACAUUAUUAAAUGAAUUACGAAAAAUAGAAAUGAGGAAACGAGAAAGAGAAAAGAAAACACAGGAUCUACAAAAACUUAUCACGGCAGCCGACAAUAGCGCCGAAGCCAAGCGAGCCGAAAGAAAGGGACAAAAGAAAAAACUUCCUCCCCAGAAGAAUUCAAAAGCAGAAGUUGCCUCACUGGAGACGGCAGGAAUAAAAUUCCCCGACUUCAAAAACAGCGGAGUUACUCUCCGAAGUCAGAGAAUGAAGCUUCCUUCUUCUGUCGGUCAAAAGAAAGCCAAAGCAAUUGAACAACUGUUGCACGAGCUCGGAAUAGAUCUUAAUCCAAUGCCGACCGAAGAGAUUUGUGUACUCUUCAAUGAACUUAGAAGCGAUAUGGUUCUGCUAUAUGAAUUGAAACUGGCACUGGCGACUUGUGAAUUUGAGCUACAGACUCUUCGUCAUCAGUACGAAGCCAUGGUACCCGGAAAGAGUCUAGAAGCACCUUUGGCGGCACCACCAUCAAACUCCAUUCUUGUCGACACAAAAACUGAAUCUCCGUCUAGGCAGAAAGCAGAAAUUAUAGACGUCGGCGGCACACCCACGAGUGGAGGCGAAAAGUGGAAAUUGAAGAAGCAACUUUUUCAAGAGCAAGAAAGAAGAUAGAAUAAUUGUCUAGUAAUUGUCUUUAUUUGUAAUUUUUAUUGUUUUAUAUUUGUGAUGUUAAGAGUCUGAACACAAUAAAAUUUUUUGUUUAAGCAACAAUAUUA